CGAUUAAUUUACCGUCUUUUUUGUCUCCUUCCUUCGAACCAAAGCCCGCAGGCCAGGCUUUGCGUACCCUGUCGUUUAAUCGAAAGCAUCUGGUGCUUCCCUGCUCGCCUUCCCGGCCAUUGUCGCGCUUGGUACCUCUGUACAUAUACACUUAUGUCUUCUUCCGCGCAGAACCCGAUCCAAACUAAACAGAACUCCAAGAUGGCCGCUCCCAAAAAUGCGCCGCCAUCAGCAGCAGAGGCGAAAGCAGUUGCGUCCAAGAUGCACAGGCGCUCGCGCUCAGGUUGCUUCACCUGUCGAUUACGGAGGAAGAAGUGUGAAGAAGGCAAGCCCGCUUGUAAGGCAUGCCGACACUUGGGGCUUCGAUGCGAUUACAAGCGUCCCAUGUGGUGGAGUAAUGGCGAGCAACGACGAGCGCAGAAGGAGGUCAUCAAGAACAUUAUCAAGAAGACCCAGCUCACCAAGAAGCACCAAGCCCAGCAAGCGCAAGCUCAGCAGCCACAGCUCAGCAGCAGCACAAGCUCUCCACCACCGCCUCUCAGCCACUCGGUGCCUUCAUCAGCAGAAGCUCCUUUCGCGGAAUCCUUCCCACCUUCAAGAUGUCCUUCAUCGGAUGGCUCACCUUACUCGACCGCAUGCGACUUCAACUAUGGCUCUCCCGAUGGCUACUUUGGCAUGCCACCUCCUCCGCAACCUUAUGCGGCUCACUCCCAGUAUCCCAUGUUCUCGCCGUAUGAGAUCGAUGUCAAGACCGAGCGACAGAUCUUCGUCAACGAUGUCCCGACCAGGAGAGAUUCGACGAUUUCGACCUUCAGCACAUACCAGCCUCCGCCAAAUGCAGAUGGCAUCCAGACCUACCCAGCCGAUGCGUGGAUCCAGCAGGAACACUUUGAGAGCGUGUGUGAAGAGUUUCCCGAAGAGCCCGUCGACUUCAACUUUUUCGAUUUCCAACACUCGCCGGCCACUCCAGCUCACGAGGCUAUCAUCGAGGUGGAGGAGGGUGACAAGUAUCUUCUCAGCCACUUUCUCGACAAGGUCCCCAAGCUCAUCUUCCCCGUGUUGGAAGCCAAUCAACAUGGCUCGUCCCGAUCAGACAUCAUCGUUCCAGCUCUCGAGAACAACAAGGCUUACCUGCACUGUUGCUUGAGCAUUGCUGCAACGCACAUGAAGGCCACUGAGGGGGCUACCGGAGAGCAGAUCGACAACGACAUCAUUCGACACCGCUACGCCGCCGUGUCGGAACUCUGUGAACAGCUCGGAAAAGAUGAGAACCACGAUCAGAUGCUCGGCAACACACUGAGUUUGAUCUUCUUCCAGUGUUCCGUGGGUCGACCAGACGAUGCUCUUCCCGAUAUUGCGUGGCAUCAGCACUUCUCCAUGGCAACCAGCCUCAUCCACCGACUGGAUCUGCAAAACGUUGUGCUUGAGCUUGCACCGCAGCAUCCUCCUUUCAACAUGACUCUGGCAUCGUGGAUUGACAUUCUCGGAUCGAUCGUCAUCGGCCGCCAGCCAGUGUUCGCCGACACAUACCGUGAGAUGGCCACCAACGGACAAUCCAUGGGUCUGCAAGAGUUGAUGGGCUGCGACGACCGGAUCAUGUUCUUGCUUUCGGAGAUCGCAUGUCUCGACUACCAGCAAACUCUCGGCAUGGAAUUGCAUCAGGUCUGCCAAUACAUUGAAAGUCUGGGUUUCGCCAUCAGCCAGACUGAGCUUCCACCGGGAUCAGUGCAAAGCUGCUUUUCUCCCACCGGCGCCAUUCGACCAAAGCAAUUGGCGACCAACAUGACCGCAGUCUUCCGCAUUGCCGCACGCAUCUACCUCUGCACGCUGCUCCAAGACAACAACCCCUCAACUCCACAGAUAUGUGGUCUUGUCUCUCAAUUCUCCGACCUCAUGAACUACAUCCCCGCCGGAGCCGAUGGCUUCGAUCGAUCUCUCGCCUGGCCAAUUCUCAUCGCAGGCGCCUCUUCCGUGCCUACCUCACCCUUCCGAUCCAUGUUCGCCGAACGCUGCGAAAGACUCGGCGACGCCGCCAACUUCGGCUCCUUCGGUCGCGUCCGAGAACUUCUCAACGACAUCUGGCAGAUCAACGACACCGCUCUUGCUCAGGGAGACUACCAGGGCAUCCGCUGGCGCGAUGCGAUGCAGCAGAAGGGCUGGGACCACCUCCUUAUCUAGUUAAUGGUGUCCCUUCGCUCUUCCUGCAUCCUGGCCUGCUGUCUCCCGACACUCUCUUCCUUUGCAUAGCGACGGCGCUUUUUCUCUUAGCUUAAUCAUCCGGCAUGAUGAGAUUAUGAUACCCUCCGCGUCACCGCGGUUUCGCCCAGACUAGUGCAGCUCUUGGGUUAGAUGUAAUGCAUACCUAUAGGCCAAAAUGAAGCCCUAUAUGAAUCUAGCAUAAAUGAAAAAAAAAAACCAAAGCAAC